AUGGAAGAUACCACGAAUAUUAGAGAUUCCGCAGAUAAUGAACAAGAAAAUUCAGAAAAGCAAGAUUUUAAUAAUAAAAACGAUAAUGGAAAUGCAAAGCAGGCAUCCAAGAUUGAAGUAUCUGAUGAUCCAGACACCGAAUCUUCGAAAAUCGAUCCAAGGGCGAAAUCCAUUGAUGAACCGGAAAACAAGUCUCCAAAAAGUGACAUUGUUCAGACAGAAAUUAAGAAGAAUCCCAAUGAGAAUCCUCCAAAUAAUAAAAUACAGUCACCGGAGUCAGUUGAGGACUCUGAAUCUCCAAAUAUCGAAAAUAAGGAUAGUAUUUCAACGGAAUCCAUUCGAGACGAUUCACUAGAAAAUCUAUACAAUGCUUCAACGGAAGUUUCAGAAGAUUCACUGCAAAGCCAGGAUAAAGAGCCAGGCAAUGAUUCUUUGAGUGCUGAAGACACUCAACGAAGUCCGAGAGCUGGAUCAUCAAAAAAGCGGAACCUAGAUGAUGAUGACACGGAUACUUCACCUUUGACAGAGGAGAACUAUAGACCACGCACAAGUCAAACAGACUUCGCCGAUGUUUCAGAAGCAACAAGUGAUAUAGUAGACACCACACUACGAGUACAGAGAAAGAAAAAGAAAAAACAGAAAAUGAAUGAAACGAAUGAAAGCGAAAACGAAUCUAUUGAGGAAGGUCCUGUCCGGAAUUCUAAUCUGUUCUUCCCCAUUCGGAAUGAGAGUACUACAAAAGAAGCUGAAUCAACAACUACCGAUGAGUUGAGACUCACCCCAUUUGAGGAUACUGGAUCAGAACAAAAUCAGCAAAUAUCUUCACGGUCUUCAAGUGAAAAUCCUUCCUCCGCGGGUGAAAAUCGAGAUUCAGCAAAUCCAGAAACUCCUGAUGAUGGAUCUACGUCUCAUAAAUCGGAAGAACCGAACACCCCAGAUGACGGAUCUACGUCUCAUAAAUCGGAAGAACCGAACACCCCAGAUGACGGAUCUACGUCUCAUAAAUCGGAAGAACCGAACACCCCAGAUGACGGAUCUACGUCUCAUAAAUCGGAAGAACCGAACACCCCAGAUGACGGAUCUACGUCUCAUAAAUCGGAAGAACCGAACACCCCAGAUGAUGGAUCUACGUCUCAUAAAUCGGAAGAACCGAACACCCCAGAUGAUGGAUCUACGUCUCAUAAAUCGGAAGAACCGAACACCCCAGAUGAUGGAUCUACGUCUCAUAAAUCGGAAGAACCGAACACCCCAGAUGAUGGAUCUACGUCUAAUAAAUCGGAAGAACCGAACACCCCAGGUGAUCAAUUCCCGAUGAACAAAUCUGACAAUUCAGAAGCACCCGGUGAUCAUUUUGAGUCAUCAAAUUUGUUCUGUGGGGAAACACUAGAAGAUUCUAUAAACAAAUCAAAUUCAAAUCCAGAAACACCUGAUGGAUCUAUGCCCAAUAAAUCAGAUAAUCCAAAAACGACAGACGAUCAGUUUUCGACGAACAUAUCUGAUGCUUCAAAAGAAACGGAUGACCAAUUCUCACCGAAAAAAUAUGAUAAUCCGGAAACACCAGAUGGAUCUACAAAUAAAUCAAAAUCAAAUCCAGAAACGUCUGAUGGAUCUAUGACCAGUAAAUCAAAAAAUUCAAACAAGCCAGAUGAUGAAUUCUCGACGAACAAAUCUGAUACUUCAGAAGGACAGGAUGACAAAUGUGAUGACCCAGAAACAUCAGAAGAAUCUUCAACGAGCACAUCAAAAUCAUCUCCCAGUCCUGAAAAUCGGGAUAAUGAAUCAAUAAUGAACGAAACAUCUGAUGACUCUGAAAAGUCUGUUGAUGAAUCUACAAAGAAAGACCAAGAAACUUCUGAUAAUGAAUCUCCAAUGGAUAUAUCUGAUGAAGGAGAAAAAUCCUGUAAUCCUGAGAGUGAAUCGGAAAUUUCGCUACCUGAUGUGGAAGAGAAAUCUCCAAAUUCACAAAAAAGGAAGCUGAGUACUAUAUAUGAAGAAACUGAAGAAUCUAGAAGUGCAAAGCGACAGCGAUCAUUCAAAAGUGAUGAAGAACCAGACAUGACUGGUUAA